AUGGGUUGUUAAGCUUCUAAAAAGUAACGUAAGACUUCUAGGGAUAACCGUCCUAGUUUACUAGAUGGGUCAACUGAUCUUUAAAAUAAGAAACUCAUAGCUGUAGAGACAAAACCAUAGGAAAGAAAAAGCAAAUAACCGAAAUCUUUAGAUAAAAACAAAGUAGUAGAACUUUUUUAAGCAGAGCAUCAAUAAAUCUACAGAAAUAAGAAAUUCUAACAAGAUUAUUUUAUUACUGAAGAAAAAGUCUUAAUAAAUGGAUUUUAAGGAACAAUAUUUGUUGUUGAGCACAAAGUUACUGGUCUUAAGAGAAUAGCAAAGAUUGCUAGAAAUGUGUUAACAAGUAAUCAAAUUGCUGAAUACAUCGAAUAUUUGCAAUAACUUAAAAAAAUAGAUCAUCCUAAUAUUAUAAAAUUAUUCGAUUUUUAUCAUGAUGAAAAACACAUCUACUUAGUUGAAGAAUAUAUAGACGGUGGAGAUUUGUCGCAAAGAUUAAAAACAGAAAUGCAUAGCUAAGAGAAAAUACAUGUGGCAUUUGUUUUUUAGUAGGUGUUAUCAGCAAUCAAUUAUUUACAUUAAUAGGACAUCAUACAUAAGAAUGUUUCAUUGAAUGGAGUACUAGUGGCAUAAAAAUCUAAUCUUUUAAUUAAACUAAUUGGAUUAGACGAUCUAUUCUAUAUCUUCUAGGAUUUCAAUACUAAUUUUAGUUAUAGAGCUCCUGAGACUUUCGCUGAGAAUUAUUAAUAUAGUAAAUCUGCAGAUAUUUGGUCAGCUGGCAUUAUAUUGUUUGAGUUGAUGUAUGGAAUCCAUCCCUUUUAAGAUUCCACUCGAUAAUUAACUAUAUAAAAUAUUAAAAGAAAUAAUAUCAAUUAAGAGAUAGAUGUAAAUUCUAUAAGUGAUGAAGCAUUUAAGUUAAUCAGUGAUAUGAUCAAUCCUGAUCACAAUAUGAGACCUAGUGCUAAGGAAUGUUUAAAAUAUAAGUUUUUUAAGACUAUAAGAAAAUCAUCAAUGAAAAUAACUAGUGCAUUAUUAAGGGUAAAAGAAUUUGAAAGUAAAAACGAAUUGAGAUUGAUAUUGUUGAGUUUAAUGAUAGAAUAUUUGAUGUCAAAGGAAGAAAGAGAUAAAAUUGCCUAAACCUUCUACAAAAUUGAUCUCAAUAAUGAUGGUAAAAUAUCUAAAACUGAGUUGUAUUAAUAAUACUUUGAAAGUUCAGGUGAUGAGAAUUUAGCAAGAAAAGAAGUAGAAAGAAUCUUCUCAUAAUUAGAUGUCAAUAAAAAUUAGUUUAUAGAAUUCAAUGAAUUUUUAAUCGCCUCAUGCAAUAAAACAGCUCUUUUCAGUGAAGAAAAUCUAACGAGUUUCUUUAACAAGUUAGAUAGAGACCAUAGUAAAUAAAUAUCUGCCAAUGAACUUAAGGUCUUUUUUUAUAAUACUCAAUUAUCUUAAUCUGAUUGGCAACGAGUAAUCCAAUUGGGAGAAAAAAAAGAAGAAACGAAUAAUAAGAUUUCGUAUUAAGAGUUCAUCUCUUUAUUAACUGAAAAUGAUUGA